UCCAUUCCCACGCGCUUCUCCAAUCUCUCCGUUCUUCCCAUUCCGGUUCGCAAACACCAAAAAACCCGAACCGCCAGAUCUCGGUGUUUCCAUGGAGGCUCACGGCGGCGGCCUCCGCCGCGUUCUGGUGCUUGCCUUCUGCGUGGCCGGAAUCUGGUCCGCAUACAUCUACCAAGGCGUUCUCCAGGAAACACUGUCGACGAAGCGAUUCGGUCCCGAGGGUGAGAGGUUUGAACACCUUGCGUUUCUGAAUUUGGCACAGAAUGUGGUGUGUUUAAUCUGGUCAUAUAUAAUGAUAAAGAUUUGGUCUGGUGGGAAUAGUGGUGGUGCUCCUUGGUGGACUUAUUGGAGUGCUGGUAUUACCAACACCAUUGGUCCUGCUAUGGGAAUUGAAGCUUUGAAGUAUAUUAGUUACCCUGCUCAGGUGCUGGCAAAGUCCUCCAAAAUGAUUCCUGUUAUGCUGAUGGGUACUCUGGUAUAUGGUAUAAGAUACACUUUUCCGGAAUACCUUUGUACUUUUCUUGUUGCCGGAGGGGUAUCGAUAUUUGCACUUCUAAAGACUAGCUCAAAGACUAUCAGCAAGCUGGCACAUCCAAAUGCUCCCCUUGGAUAUGGGUUGUGUUUCCUUAACCUUGCAUUUGAUGGAUUUACUAAUGCAACUCAGGAUUCUUUAAAAGCAAGGUACCCAAAAACAAGUGCUUGGGAUAUUAUGUUGGGCAUGAAUUUAUGGGGAACCAUAUAUAAUAUGAUUUACAUGUUUGGAUGGCCCCGUGGCAGUGGAUUUGAGGCAGUUCACUUCUGCAAACAGCAUCCAGAGGUAGCAUGGGAUAUUUUUCUCUAUUGCUGCUGUGGUGCUGUAGGCCAAAAUUUCAUCUUCUUGACCAUAAGCCGUUUUGGCUCGUUGGCUAACACUACCAUCACUACAACUCGCAAAUUUGUAAGCAUUGUGAUAUCUUCACUAUUGAGUGGGAAUCCCCUCUCAACAAAGCAAUGGGGGUGUGUUUUUAUGGUAUUCUCAGGAUUGUCUUAUCAGAUCUACCUCAAGUGGCAGAAGUUGCAGAGAUUGCAGAAGAAAAGAAAAGCCACGUGAAGCCCUUCAGCAAAUUUGAAGUCAAACAUUAAUACUAUCGUAGCUAAAUUGCCCAACAACCCAAUAUAAUUAAAAUUUUAAGGUUCAAUGAACCAGAUUUAGUUUUAUGCAAAAGAAUUUCGUAGUUGUAAUUGAAUAGAUCCAUUUUGAGAAGUAAAAAAAAUUAAAAGGUUCGACCCAUUUCUUAUUCAUUAUGCCAAUGAUCAGUUGCCUGUGUAUUGUAAUGAAAAACUAGGUUUAGUUUUAUAGCAUAAUAUUAAGGCAAAGCUAUAUACCCUUUGUAAACAUGAAUCGUGAUUUUUUUACUCUCAGCUUCUCUCGUUUGUUUAGCAGAUAAUCCCAAUAUUUAUAAGCGCCUAAAGCAGCCUU